AUGACUUCCUCCGCGACGACCCUCAAGGGCCAGCCCCUCGACAAGGGCGUCCUCGAUACCAUCCUGCGCCGGCGCCUGUUCUACACCCCCUCCUUCGAGAUCUACGGUGGUGUAGGUGGUCUCUACGACUACGGUCCCCCCGGCUGCUCACUCCAGGCCAACAUCGUCGAUGUGUGGCGCAAGCACUUCAUCCUCGAGGAGGACAUGCUCGAGGUUGACACCACUGCCCUGACCCCGCACGAGGUCCUCAAGACCAGCGGCCACGUUGACAAGUUCGCCGACUGGAUGUGCAAGGACCCCAAGAACGGCGACAUUCUCCGCGCCGACCACUUCGUCGAGGGCAUUCUCGAGGCCCGCCUAAACGGCGACAAGGAGGCUCGCGGCCUCAAGGUGGAGGAGAAGGAGGAGGACCCCAAAAAGAAGAAGAGAAAGGCCAAGACUGAGGCUGUUAAGCUCGAGGAUGCCGUCGUCAAGGAGUACGAGGAGGUCCUCGCCAAGAUCGACAACUACGGUGGUCCUGAGCUCGGUGAGCUCAUCAAGAAGUACGACCUCAAGAACCCUGCCACCGGUGUCCAGCCCUCCGACCCCGUCGCCUUCAACCUCAUGUUCCAGACCGCCAUCGGUCCUAGCAGCAACCUUCCCGGUUACCUGCGCCCCGAGACCGCCCAGGGCCAGUUCCUCAACUUUGCCAAGCUCCUCGAGUUCAACCAGUCCCAGAUGCCCUUCGCGUCCGCCUGCAUUGGCAAAUCCUACCGAAAUGAGAUCUCCCCUCGUGCCGGUCUCUUGCGUGUGCGAGAGUUCCUAAUGGCUGAGAUUGAGCACUUCGUCGACCCUGAGGGUGGCAAGAAGCACUCUCGAUUCCACGAGGUCGAGGACGUCGAGCUCGUCCUUCUUAACCGCGACACCCAGCUGUCCGGCAAGACCGAAACCAAGAAGGUCAAGGUUGGCGAGGCCGUCAAGUCUGGUCUUAUCGACAACGAGACUCUGGGUUACUUUAUUGCUCGUAUCCAUCUUUUCAUGCAAAGGAUUGGUGUUGAUGAGUCCAAGAUGCGCUUCCGACAGCAUAUGGCCAACGAGAUGGCCCACUACGCCUGUGACUGCUGGGACUGUGAGCUGUUCACCACCUCCGGCUGGAUCGAGUGUGUCGGCUGCGCUGACCGAAGCGCCUAUGACUUGACUGUCCAUGCCAACAAGACCGGUGCCCCCCUAGUCGUCCGCGAGCGACGUGAGGAGCCCCUCGUCAUCGAGGAGUGGCAGAUCGAUAUCGAGAAGAAGAAAUUCGGUCCCCUGUUCAAGAAGGACGCCAAGGCUGUCGAAGCCGCUCUUGAGGGUACCUCUCAGGAGCAGCGUGAGAAGCUGGCCAAGGAGCUGAGCGAGACUGGCAAGAUCACCCUCGAGGUGGCUGGUGUCGCUGACGGCAAGGUCCAGGUUGCCAAGGAUUCAAUUACCAUCGAGUUCCGCAAGCGAGUCGAGAACACUCGCGAGUACACCCCCAACGUUAUUGAGCCCUCUUUCGGUAUUGGCCGAAUCCUAUACUCUCUCAUGGAGCACUGCUUCUGGACUCGUGGCAGCGAGGGUGGCGACGAAGCUCGUGGUGUUCUGUCCUUCCCUCCCACCGUGGCUCCUACCAAGGUUCUCAUUGUGCCUCUUUCUUCCAACGAGAAGUUCAAGCCCCUGUUGAAGACGCUUUCCCAGCGACUGCGUACCACCGGUAUCUCGAACCGCAUUGAUGACUCAUCUGCCACCAUCGGCAAGCGUUACAGCCGAAACGAUGAGCUUGGUACUCCCCUGGGCAUCACUAUCGACUUCCAGACCGUCCAGGACGGUACCCUUACGCUCCGAGACCGUGACAGCACGACUCAAGUGCGCGCUGACGAGGACAAGAUCAUCGAGGCUAUCAAGUCCCUCGUCGACGGCAGCAAGAAGUGGGCCGACAUUGAGGCAGAGCUUCCCAAGUUUGAGGGUCAAGAGGUUGAGGUCGUUAGCCGAUAG